CAGUUACACUCCAUCUCCCAGCAACACGCUGCUUCCGUUUCCGGUCUAGAACACAACGAACAAACGGAAACUACAACUCCCGACAGGCUUUGCACCUCCGUGUGACGUAAACAGGAAGCUGUCGGCUGGUGGUGAUUCUUUUGGAACGCAAACUCGGUCCACGCUAGUUUUCACUUCCGGUCUGGUUCCAGGACCAGAACUCAUUGUCAGAUCAUUGUAGUUACCCUGUGCUGAUGAACAUGGACUGGACUCAGAUUGAUGAGAAGAUCUUGGAUCUCACCUUGGAGAUCAUCUCUCUGCUUACUGGAGAGGAUCAGGUGGUUGCAAAAAAGUUUAGCGAGUGUGUUGAUCACAACCGCCCUCACCAUGUAAAAGAAGGAUCCUAUAAAACUGAGAGCCCCAGUGCGGUGACUCCACGUUCCUCGCUGAUACACGAGAGAGGGAAUGACAAGAAGAUCCUGGAACUGACCAAGAAGAUCAUCCAGCUGCUGACUGGAGAGGUUCCUAUAAGGUGUGAGGAUGUCACUGUCUAUUUCUCCAUGGAGGAGUGGGAGUAUCUAGAAGGACACAAGGAUCUCUACAAGGACGUGAUGAUGGAGAAUCACCAGACCCUAAUUUCACCGGAUAAACCUUUAUCAGGUGAAUAUUAUACUCCUGUUUGUAUGCCUGAGUUUGGAAACAAUGAGGAAAGUGUAGCUAAACCCAAAAAUGGACCACACUAUCUGCGAACUCGCAAAGUAAGAAAAAGACUGAAAAAAUAUAUGCCGUAUAUAUGGGAAGAGUCUCCACCGUGUAUAGAGGAAAAUUACAGAGAAAUGGACAUUUACAAACAGACAGAAUAUCCAUCUACUGAUAUUAAGAAGGAAUCGGCAUUACAUGAAGAAGGGAAUCUCACGGGGUUUGACAUCCAUGCAUGCACAGAUAAUACACAGACAGAAUAUUCAUCUAUUCUUCUUAAGGAGGAAUCUGCCUCAGAUGAAGAAGGGAAUCGCCCCCCAGGAGUCGACAUGUAUAAAUCCAGUCACAAUUCUACUCUUGCAGAUAAUGAAGAUAAUAGAGCUUGUUCAAACAUACAUUCUAUCAAGCCUUGUAUUGAAUUAAAUACACCACAUCAUAUUGAUGGUAAUGCUACUCUGAGCAAAGACAACAUAGAGGAAAUAUUCCCGAUUUCUGAUUGUCCACAAGGCUUCAGUAGUGACACGCAGGAUGUUAAACAUCAGCCAGCUCAUACAGGUAAAUACUUAUUAUCCACGCCAGACUUUGUUAUACAUGAGAUGAAUUACAAAGGAGAAAAUCAGAUUUUAUCUUCUCAAUCUGGGUCAGAUUUUUUUCAGAUGUCAAAUCUUGUCAAGCAGGAAAUGGAUUGGAAUGAACAGACACCAUAUAUGUGCUCUGAAUGUGGGAAAUAUUUUACCCAGGCUGCACAGCUCGCAUCACAUAAAAUGUUUCAUACUAAGGAAAGACCUUACAAAUGUACUGAAUGUUUGAAGAAUUUUAAAAGAAAGCAUCAUCUUGUUAGUCAUCGGAAGAUUCACACAGGAGAAAAACCAUUUAAAUGCACUGAAUGCGGAAAAUGUUUUAUUUCGAAUUCGCAGAUGAUUUCACAUACAUGCAUUCAUUCAGGCAAGAGACCAUUUAAGUGUUAUGAAUGUGGCAAGUGUUUUACCCAAAAGCAUCAUCUUAUUAGUCAUCAAAUGGUUCACAGUGAAGAAAAGCCAUUUAAAUGCUCUGAAUGUGGGAAGUGUUUUACCCUAAAGCAUCAUCUUAUUAGUCAUCACGUGGUUCACACAGGAGAAAAGCCAUUUAAAUGCUCUGAAUGUGGGAAAGGCUUCAACAAUGUUAAAAAUCUUGCAGCACAUAAACUGAAUCACACUGGAGAAAAACCAUUUUCAUGCUCCGAAUGUGGGAAACGGUUUACCUUAAAACAUAUUCUUAAAAGGCACCACAGAGUUCACACAGGAGAGAAACCAUAUAGGUGUCUUGAAUGUGGAAAAAGUUUUUCUCGGGCCACAAAUCUUGCAGCACAUAAAAUGAUUCACACAGGAGAAAAACAAUUUUCAUGCUCUGAAUGCGGGAAAGGUUUUACUUGGAGAUCCCAGCUGAUUUCACAUAAAUGGAUUCAUACAGGCGAGAAACCAUUUAAGUGUAAUGAAUGUGGCAAGUGUUUUAUCCAAAAGCAUCAUCUUAUUAGUCAUCAAGUGGUUCACAGUGAAGAAAAGCCUUUUAAAUGCUCUGAAUGUGGGAAAUGUUUUACCCGGGAAACAAGUCUUACAUCACAUAAACUUAUUCACACAGGAGAAAAACCAUUUUCAUGCUCUGAAUGUGGGAAAGGUUUUACCCUGUCCGCAUCUCUUAUCAGACAUAAAAGAAUUCACAGAUGAUUAGAGCCAUUCUUCUGUUCUGAAUUAGACACUAAGGCCUAUUAGAUUAGAACCCAUUUGGAUGUACAAUGUGUUUUGUUACAUAUGCAAUGAAUAAGGUUUGUAUUGUUUUUUUGUCCCUGCACUCUUGCUUUUUGGGUGUAAAUUAAGAGAGAUGUAAUGUGCUAAAUAUGAGAAUUUUUUAUGAAUGGGGAGCUACUGGUUGGCAGCUGACCGCUCUAUCCAGUCAGCAGCGCUCCUGCUCUGUGCUGCCUGUAACUCAUUUUCAGUAGCU